AUGGACGGCUUAGCCCUUGCUCGCCGUCUCCGCAGACUGAAUGCUGAGUGGCGUUGUGCGUUGGCAGCUGCAGCAGCAGACCAGACGACAACCCCGCUGCAGCAAAACAAAUACGAAGUUCUCUCAGUACAACUGGGGGUUUGUUUACGAGAGACUGAAGAGCUCUUAUGCUGGGAACAGCCCCCUGUAGAGGGACCCCUGGGGGGCCCCUACAGCUUGAUCGGCGACGCUGCAGUAGCAGCAACAGCAGCAACAGCAGCAGGAGCAGCAGCAGGAGCAGCAGCAGCAGCAGCAGCUCUCUGUGAAGCGGUUUUUUCGAAGUCUGGGCUCCUUUCAACAGCUGCUGCUGCUGCGCUGCAUAAGGGGGCCUCUGAUAUAACUCUAAAGAAGCAAACUUUGGAGCUCAGCAGCAUCCUUAUACUCUCAGCCAAGCCUUUUGCCUAUUCAACAGACGCAAACAAAUUUGUAGAAUUCACAGAGACAUGUCUACACCUCUUGUUCGUGGACCCCUCACACAAAAUCAAACAAUCAGCAGCGCGCCUUCUGAGAUCCGCCUUUGCAUCCCAAACAGAACAAAGGGGCCCCAAGGGGGGCCCCCUGGGGCCCCAUGCGGGGGGCCCCCUAAGUACCCUCGUGGGGGCCCCCUUGAGUACCCUCAUAGGGGCCCCUAAGGAGGACACCCUAGGGGCCCCUAUGAGGGCCCCCAAAGAUACUCCUGUGGGGGCCCCGGAAGGGGCCCCUCUGGAGGCCCCCGAACAGACCUAUGUGGGGGCACCCCUAGGGGAUCCUGUGGGGGCCCCCCUAGGGGACCCUAUGGGGGCCCCCCUAGGGGUCCAUCUGGAGGGGGGCCCCAUAGGGGUUCAUGUGGGGGGGGCCCCCCUGAGGGGCCCCCCUGAGGGUUUGUGGGGUGGGGGGUGUGUGUUAGGUGAGGGUGGUGAUGGUGGUUGGUGGGUGGAGGGAUUGGUGCGGCGUUUGUAUGAAGAGCUGAGAGACAGCGGAAGGCGAGGGACAGCGACUGUGCGCGCUGAGCUGCUGCUGCUGCUGGCUGUGCUGCUGUGCCGUCUGCAGCAGCACCCAACUCUUGCUUCUCCUUGGUUGCUGCAGCUGCUGCAGCAAAUCGCCUGUCGCCUGGACCUUACAGCAGGGGCCUCGCUGCGGAGCCCAACGGAGACACUGGGGGCCCUAGAAGCUCUUAAUGAGUUGCUGCUGAGGGGGCCCCCACCUGUUAUCCUUGCUGCUCUGCUGCCUUCUGCUGCUUGGAGGAGACUGUAUGCCUUCUUAGCUGUCGUAGGCACUCAAGGGGCUGCUGCUGCAGACGUAACAGGCGCUGAGACGCACCAGCAGCAGCAACAGCAGCAGCAGCAGCAAGUGUCUCUUCAAGUUGCUGCCUUAUCCGUCUUGGCAGAAGGGGCGGAGACAUUUGUCUCCUUCAUCGAUAGAGACAUCGCGCUAGAAUUUAAUGCGGGCCUUGAGGAGACAGGACAUGCAGCCUCCUUCAAGAAGACACCAACCAGCAGCAGCAGCAGCAGCAGCAGCAGCAGCAGCAGCGGGGAGAAGUACAUAAGGAGGGACGGGAGAACUCUGUUGGAGAGACUGCUGGCGCUGACUGUCUCUUCUCAUUCUUCUGUCUCCACCGCAGCCACUCGCGCGCUGCUGCGUAUAAUGAUUCAGCUGAGCCGCCGCAGCAGAAGCAGCAGCAGUAGCAGCAACAGCAACAGCAGCAGCAGCAGCAGCGGGGGGUUGGAGUGUGGUGUCUCCUUGCAACUGUUUGGUUCCUGUGUUCUAUCGGAGUUAAUUAAAGCGAGUUUGCUGCCUGAGGAGACAUUAAUUUAUUCAUCAGCAGGUUGGUGGCGGCAGUGCUGCUGCAGGGCGCAGCUGCUGCUGCCGUGUCUGCUGCUGUUGCGGGACCGUGAACAGCAGCAGCAGCAAGGCAUUGCUGCUGCUAGGGCCUGUCUCCUCCUCGCAUGCGCCUGCUGCAGCCCCCAACGGAGACAGCAACAGCACGGUCCCUCUGUGGCGAAGCAGCUGCUGCAGCUCCUGGCAGCAGCAGGAGAGACACUUUGUUGUCUCCUGCUGCAGCAGGAGACAGGCCAGGGCUCUAAUGGCUUGGGGGCUGCUGCUACUGAAUGCGUGGAGCCUAAGGAGACAGCAGCAACCAAGAGACACCGCGCUGCUGCGCAGCACCCUAUGCUGCAGCAGCAGCUCCCCGUCUCGUCUGGAGUGGCGACAGCAGAGAGAGGAGAAGGAGGACAGUGCAAGCAAAAGGAGACAGAAAGCAAAAGGAGACAGGAGACAUCACCAUUCAUAUUACCUGCUGAGUUAUGCCGGCUGCUGCAGCAGGUUGCUGUCUCCUUAUUUCAAUUGCAUACACUGGCGGGGGCCCUACCGCAGGCGCUGCUGCCGGAAGCUGCAGCAGCUCUCCGCAGCGGGGUACGCGCCCUGCUGCUUGCAGCAGCAGCAGAGGAUGCUGCAGCAGCAGCUGCUGCUGCAGCUGCUGUGGGUGCAGCUGGUAGUUCUGCUGCAGGAGCUACAGAGGAGACGGAAGAAGAGACGAAAGCAACGAAAAAGGAGACAAAGGAGACACAAAAGGAGACACAGGAGACAGCAUCAGGAGAGGAGAUCCUGCAGCACGAAGGGGCCCCAAAGGCAGCCCUUAAUGCUUUAAUUAAUCAGUCCCUCUCACUUGCACUGCACGAAGAGACAGAGAGACAGACAUCUCCAGCUGUCUCCGUUGGCCUCCUGUGGGGUGCUGUCUUGAGGCAGGAAGGAGACAGAUACACCUGGGAAGCUUCAGAUGAAUGCAGCAACGACAUCAGCAGCAGCAGCAGCAGCAGCAGUAGCAGCAGCAGCAGCAGUAGCAGCAGCGUACGGGAGAAGCGCCCGCGGGAGGAGACAGGUGAACGCCGUUGCAGGGUUGGUGCUGCGGUGUCUCCUUUCAGCAGCAGCUGGCGUCUGUCUCUUUGCUGCUGCCUGUUAGAGCAGAUUUUUUCUUGUCUCUCCCUUGGGUUGCUCCCCACAAACAAGCAGCAAAAGGAGACAGCCAGCAAUCUGCGGAACCUCGUGGAGGCGCUGCUGCUGUCUCCUGGGGGCGGAGCAGCAGAGGAGACAGCUGCUGCCUGUCUCCUGCUGCAGCUGAGCAACGAGGUUUCUAUAGAUGCAAGCCCCACACAGCAGCAAACCAGAAUCGACCUUCCUUCUAAUCCUGCUGCAGCUGCUUCUGCUGCUGUUCCCGGCGCUGCUGCUGCAGAAGAAGAAGAAAAGGAAGCCAAUAGCCUUAUUGAUAUCACCCUACGUGCAUGCGGGGAGGUGUCUCUAGAGUUGCUGCUGCAGCGGUUGGCGAUUUGUCUCUGUCAUAUAUUUGCGGUGUCUCCGCAGACACUCCGUUUGCUGCAUGCUGAACGGGUAGCUGUCUCUGCUGCGCUGCUGCGCUCAGCGCUGCUGCAGCCCUCAGCACCCCCGGGGCUGUUGGCGCUGCUGCUCGCGCUGAGGCCCUUCGUUGAGGCCUGGGCAGUAGGAGACACUGCAGCAGCAGCGAAGCAGCAGGAGCAGGAGCAGCAGCAGCAGCAACAGCAGCUGUCUCCUCACCACAAGCGAAGCGCUCUAGCCACGAGCAGCUCCUGGAGCAGCAGCAGCAGCAGCUGCUGCUGCUGCAGUGGCUGCGCUUGCACUUUGUGCAGCGACAGCUGCGCUUUAGGGCGAGCGCAUGCAUCGCUUGCACAGGCUCUGCUGCUGCUAGAAGCAGCAGCGCCUUCUUUAGAUUCAGCAGCAGCAGCAGCAGCUACUGCGCUGCUGCUGACAGCCCCAGACACCUUUCUUUUCUCGAGGCCCCCCCUCCUCCUUCGCAUCUUAAAACUGGCGCUGCUGCUGGGUAGACACGACCUGCAGCUCGCUGCUGCUGCAGUCAGUACUCUCCACCGCUGGCAACAGCAACAGCAACAGCAACAGCAACAGCAGCAGCAGCAGCAGCAGCAGCAGAAGGCUCAGGCACGGGAGGAGCAGCUGCUUUGGGAAGGGGACUUGCUGCUGCAGGAGACGCUGCCUUUGCUGCUCCCUUUUCUGUUGUCUCCUAAAGGAGUUGAGGGGCCGUCUGCAGCUUCUCGUGAUGCACUGAUGCGGAUUGGGGUGUCUAGGCAGCUUGGGGUGUCUAGGCAGCUGUUGCAUUCAAGAUCUCCUUGGAAGGAAUCUUUAAGCUUUCUUUCUUCGUUGUCUGUUUGCUCUUGCUCAUCUGAAGCAGCAUCUGCAGAGGGCUGCUGCUGCUGCAGCAGCCCUCUGGCGGUGUCAGUGCAGCAGUCUGUGCUGCUACUGCUGGCAGAUGUGGGGCCCCGGGUGUCUCUGCAGCUCGCGAGGUUACCGCGUCGUCUCCUCCCCUCAUCUGUCUCUCCAUCUCUUGCCCUGAAGUUUGCUGAGGCUUGGAUAGCAGGAGAGGCCUUCGGUGGAGACAAUCAAGUGUCUCCUGAGUGCUUCUUGCAGCUGUCUCUGUGUCUCCCCUCCUCUGCGAACGCAGCAGCAGCAGCAGCAGCAACAGCAACAGCAACACCAGCCGCACCACCAGCAGCCGCAGCAGCAGCAGCAGCAACAGCUGCAGCAGCGCCGGCUCCCCCACUCUGUCUCUGUCUUAAAGGAGACAGCUUAGUGCUGCUGGCAGCAAAGGCUGCGCUGCAAGCAGCAAACAGACAAGAAAAAGCAGCACUAUGCGACGUGCUUGCUGCUCUCCUCCGCUCUAUCACAAACAAGGCACUCGCUGCACUCAAUGCUGCUGCUGCUGCUCCUGCUACUGCAGCUGCUGCUGCUGUUGGUACUGGAGUCAGUCAAUGGGGGCCAGCUGCUCCAGCAGCAGCAGGACAAGCGGCUUCUAGCGCUGCAGCGGCAGCAGCAGCAGUGGCUUUGGGGUGUCUCUACCGCGCAGUGCUGCCUUCUAUCUUGGAGUUGAUUGCCUCACACGAUCCCGUCCCCCAGCAGGUGUUGUCUGCUGUGCUGCUGCAGCUGCAGCAAGUCUCUCUAGAUGUCGCUGCUGCCUCUUCAACUGCGGCGUCGUCUCCGCCACUUGAAGCUGUCGUGGAGACACUUGCUGAGGGCCUCAGCCAUCCCUUCGCCUCCCACCGUGCUGCUGCUGCUGCUGCAGCUAUGGCUUUAAUAUGUAGGUUGCUGCGGCGGCUCAGCGUGGCGCAGCAGCGGGGUGCUGCUUCUGCUGCUGCCUCCUGGGCUCCCGCUGCUGCUGCUGCCGCUGCUGCUGCUGCAGAGGAGUCCCUGGACGCGGCAGUACAGCAGCAAAAACAAGCCAGGGAUUUGCUGCUGCUGCAGCAUCUACUGAAGCAGCUUCUGCUGCUGCCUGUUUGCGUGGGGUCUUCCUACUGUCGUCUGGGGGGCCUCACAGUGCUGCGAGCGCUGCUGCCUGUGGGGCCCCACAUCUGCUGCUGCAGCGCAGCACAAGACAUGCUGCAGGAGACAGCUGCUAGUGCCUUCUUCGGCCUCCUAAGGGCCCUCCCCAGGCCCUUGCUGAACCCCGCUGCAGCAGAUGAUAAUGCUAACUGCAGCAGCAACAGCAGCAACGACAGAAGCAGCAACAGCAACAGCAGCAGCAGCACGACCUGCUGCUGCUGUUUUUCUGAUUUGUUUGGCGAUGAGGAGGCUGAAGAAAUAGGAGACCCCCACGAAGCCUUAGAAGCGCAGCACUGUCUCCUUGGAGUCGCAGCUGCUGCGCAGUGUCUCCUUGAGAGAUACAAAGACGUAGCAGCAGCAGCAACAGCAGCAACAGCAGCAACAGCAGCAGGAGCAGCAGGAGCAGAGAGUGGAGCGGAGACUCUCAAGGAGACAGAUUCGCAGCAAGCGGAGAGGAGACAACGCGCUGUGCUGCAGCGAGAGACCUUCAUAGAACAACUCAUUCCCUUUGCUUUGUUUUCAGGCAACCCCCGUGUACGUAGCGUUUGCCGGUCUCUGCUGCAGCAGUUCUUAUCAAAUGUGCAUGCAGCAGGCUCAGCGCCAGCAGCAGCAGAAGCAGCAGCAACACCCGCAGCAGCACCACCAGCAGCAACAGCAGCAGCGUCACCAGCAGCAGCAAGACAAACAGCUGCUUUUGCUGCUGCUGCUGCUGCUGCUGGAAAUGUGCGUGUAGGAGACUGGGCCUUUAAGGCAGUUAAAGGGAUUGAGGUGGCUCUUGAGGUCGUGCUUCAGCAGCGUUCGUGCAUGCAAGCCCCAAAAGGGCCUUCUGUUAGUUUUUAUCAUUUAAUGCAGGAAUGUUGUUUGCUGCUAGAUUGUCUCCUUUUUGUUGUGGAGACGUUUGGGGCUGCAUGCGUUUGUCUCCUUAAAAGCUGCAGCAUUAGACAGUGGCUGCAGAAGGCCCUGCAGCUCCUUUGGCUGCAAGAAGAGACAGAGACAGAGACAGAAGGAGAGACAGAAAAAGAUAUAAAAAAGUUUAAGGGAUUGAGAAGCAGAAGAACAAAGGAGACACUUGCGGAGAUAACGCUUAAACUGGGCCUACUCUGCUGCCAAGGAGACGCUUUAAAGGAGACAACAUACACCCCAAAGGAGACAGCAUACACCCUAAAGGAGACAGCAGAUACGCUAAAGGAGACAGAAGAUACCCGAAAGGAGACAACAGACAUCUUAAUGGAGACAGACACUCAAAAGGAGAAGACGGACACACAAAAGGAGACAGCAUACACCUUAAUGGAGACAGACACCCCACAGGAGGAGACAGACACACAAAAGGAGACAACAACAGACACCCGAAAGGAGACAGCAACAGACACCUCAAAGGAGACAGUGCUGCUGCUGGCUCUUGUAAGCCCGGAGCAUCAUUUAGUAGGCAUUGCAGGCGACGAAGGAGACAGCGAGCAAACAAGAGGAGACAGAGAUAGAACAAAAGGAGACAGAUAUAAGACAAAAGGAGACAGCAGCAGGCUGACGAAGACAUCUCUGGGGACUUCUUUCUUCUCCUUUCUUCUCAACCCAACUGCCAGUGGCUUCAAUGCAAAAAGCAGCAAAAGAGACAGCCUCAUACAACUUGUUGCUUUAUCGUUGCAGGCCUUGUGGCCUCAGUCACCUCAAGCAGCAGCAGCAGCACCACCAGAAGCAACAGCAGCAGCUGGUGUAGCACCUGGUGUAGCUGCGGUAACAGCAGCAGCAGCAGCAGCAGCAGCAGCAGCAGCAGCAGCAGCAGGUGGUGCAGCACCUUCGAGUAAGUGGAAGGCAGAGACAGACAGUCCCCAGGGCUGCCUUGCUGCAGUCUUUAAGUGCUGGCAGCAGAAAGGAGACCGAAAGGAGACACUGCUGCAUUCAUCUAUGAGGAGGGGCCCUUGGGGGAUCGUCUCCUCCCUUCUUCUCCCGUGUCUUGCUGCAGAGACAGACACCGGAGAGGAGACAGCUGCUUGUACUCUUGCUGCAGCUGUUGCUGCUUUUGUUCAGGGCCUUGAGGCCAUUGAGGCCAUCUACAGCAGCAGCUUCUUGCUGCAUGCAGAGACAGGGGAGUUGCUGCUGCUGCCGGACACCUCCCCUGCUGCAGCAGCAGCUGCUGCUGUUGCUGCUGCUGCAGAAUUGCUUCGCAGCCCAGUGCAGGGGGGACACCUGACAGAGGAGGAGACAGAAGGAGACACUUUAAACCUAAUGGAGGAAGGAGACAGCACCCAGAGACGAACUCUCGCUGCCUGUCUGCUGCGGCUUGCUCUGCUGCUGCUCCGCUGCGCUGCUGUCUCCUCAAGAGACCCUAAUAACUCCAAAGGCCUUGCAACAGCAGCAGCAACAACACACGCAGCAGCAGAAGCAGCACCUCCCACUGCAGCGGGCACAGCAGAGACAGCGCUGCCAGGGAUAGGGGUUCCGGCAGCAACAGCAACAGCAGCAGCAGCAGCAGCAGGUGCAGCAGCAGCUGUUCCCUUAAGUGAGGAGGUAAAGGUCCUCCUGGGGAUCGUCUCCUUUCCGAUCCCGUUCCUGAUUGGCCCUGAGGGGCUUAGCGAGAGUGGGGGGUUGUGGGUAGGAGACAGAAAGGAGACAGUUGGUGCAGUGUCUCUGCUGCAGACACUUUGGGCACUGCGAUUUGCUGUCUUUGCUGUCCCACAAACUCAAGUGUCUCCUCUUUACAAGCGUCUCCUUCGGCUGCUGGAGGCGCUUGUGAGGCAGCAAAUCAGAGCCCCUCGCUGCUUGGCUGCUGCUCCUAUUGCAGCACAAGCAGCUGCAACAGCAGCAGCAGCUCCAGCAGCAGCAGCCGCACCGGUGGGGACAACCGCGAUGCAAACAGUCCGCAGCGUCGUUCAGCAAGGAGACCAGCAGCAGCAGCAGCAGCAGCAGCUUCUGCUGCAACUCCUGUUGGAUGCAUUUCACCUGUGGGGCUGUUCAAGCGGCGUUGAGGACCUGCAGCAGCAGCAGCUGUUACUCGAAGCUGUCUCCUACGCUGCUGCACAAACAAAACCAACAGCAACAACAGCAACAAUGACAACAACAGCAGCAGCAGCAGCAGCAAACCCCCCAUUGAGUCCUUAUCUGCUGUCCCAUGUAUGUGCGCUAGCGGAUUUGUUUGCUGCGGUGUCUCACUGGGAGAUGUUUAUAAAAAUGCUGCCCUAUAGAAGAAGCGCCUUCAUAUUUCUUGCUGCAGCAACAACACAAAUGCUGGCGGGGGGCCCCACAGUACCCAUCAAGGCUCAGGCAGCAGCAUUGGAGGGAGGAUACACCGCAGUGAUGCUCACAGACAUUCUGCACGAGGCAUCUCUUAAAAAUGCUGCUGUUGCUGCUGCUGCUUGUGAUGAUGGCGCUGACGCUGUAUGUGUCCCCAGCAGCGCGCAGCAAAUGAGAAGGGAGACACUGAAUCCUCUGCAACAGCAGGCGUUGAGACUGCAGCAGCAGCAGCAGCAGCAGCAGCAGCAGCAGCAGGCUUCUGAGGAAGAGCGAUUGAGUGUGGGGCCCCGCCGUCGUCUGCUGUAUGAUGGUGUUGAGCUCUGCAGCAAUGGAGUUAGCUGUCUCCUUGCGUUUUCUUUCCCUUUGUCCUUCUCAGAUUUUGCUGCUGUCACCAGUAGCAGUCCGGAGGGUUCUGCUGCUGCAGCAACAGCAGCAGCGGCAACAGCAGCAGCAACAGCGGGGGCAACAGGCAGAGGGUCUGAGGCGCAGAGCUGCGCGCUGCUGCUGCGCGCGCUGCUGGCGGCGGUGCAGCGUGCGUUUGCUGCAGCAGCAAACUGCGAAGCAGCGGAGUCUCCUGCUGCUGCUACAGCUGCUGCUUUGUGGGGUGUUGAUGCAGGAGAUCGGCGGCGCAUGCAUGCGCUGUCUCUUUGUCUCUCUCACCUUCACGAUAUAUUAAGGGAGAAGCACACUGGGGUCUUGAGGGGUGUUAAUAAUUUUUUGUCUUCUUUUGUUGCUGUCUGCAGCAGCAGCUGCUGCCGUCAGCUGCAGCUCUUCCUACUGUCUCAUUGCUGCUCUCAUCUUUCUGCUGAUGCUCAUAGCUGCCUAUACACCCCAAAGGGGCCCCUGCUGCAUGCACCGACCCUCUGGGGGGCCCCCAGCCCAUCAACAAAGGGACGACAACUUCUGGGGCCUUCCUUAGUUAAACACCUCGCACUGCCGCUGCUGCAAGCAGCCGGCAGAGCUGCAGCAGCAGCAGCAACAACAACAGCAGCAACAGCAGCAGGAGUACCAACAAUAACACCAGCAACAACACCAACAGCAGAAGCAACACCACAAGCAACAACAAUAGCACCAGCAGCAAUAACAACAGCAGCAGCAGCAGCAACAGCAGCAACAGCAGCAACAGCAGCAACAGCAGCAGCAGCAGAUGACGGUUCGGGUUUCUUUUGUGAGGUUUGGAGUCUCCUUUGGGGUCGAUUGCUGCCCCUCAUCUCCCCUCCUUGGCAUUCCUACUUUAUAGAGCGCAGUCAACAAGGUGUACGUACACCCCAAGGGGAAGAAGCUGUUGAUGCUGCUGUUUGUUUGCUGCAACUCUUCGUCUCAGCCUGCAAUAUCCUUGAGGUUCUCUUCUUAGUGACGCCUCUGGCUAUAUUAAAAGACAAAGUUGCUCCUUUGCUGCAGCAGCAGCAGCAGCAGAGUAGUAUCAGCAGCGGCUCUGUCGCAACAACAGCUCCACCGUUUGCUGUUGCUGCUGCUGCUGCUGCUGCUCGUCCUGGCGGGUUUAGCUUAACCCGUGAGGCCAUCGGGGCUGUCUCCUCUUCUUUCCGCUUCCUGUUGAAUAUUUUUGAUUCUCGUAGACAGGCAGUAGCAGCAGCAGCAACAACAGCAACAGCAACAGCAGCAGCAGGAGCGGGAGCUGCUGCUGAUGCUUCUGCUGCUUGUUUAGAAGAAGCAUUGAUCAAGUGGAUACAGAGGGGAUUGCUUGGGGCCUACAGCUGUUUGUGUGCUGCCUGCUGCAGCACACAGACAAACGCUAAUGUUUAUAUCUCUUUAUUAGCAGCUGAGGAGUCGGGGCUGCAUGCGCUUCUCGAUAAGAACCUCCUGGUGUACGUGCAGCAGAUGCAGCAGCAGGCCGACGCUGCGUUGCCCUUGUGGGGCCCUAAGCGUGGGCCCCCACCCCACAACUCGCUCCCAAGGGAUCGGGGAUCGCCACCCCACACCGUUUCCCCGCUGGGGAUCGAGUGGGAUCGAAUGGGGAGACAGGCGGAGGCGGGCUUUGUGGGGUCGAUUGGGGAGACAGGAACCGUCUCCGAAUCCCUUGUCUCCUCUCUUGGUGCUGCAGAGGCUUUCUCUGCAACCAGGAAGCCGAAAGCAGCAAGCACCACAGGGCUGCUGCUGCAGCAGCUGCAGCAGCUGCAGUCUCUAGGGCCAGCAAUGAGGCAGCUGGUGCAUGCAGCAACCCAAACACUGCACAGCAGCAGCCUUGGGGCUACCCAUUGGCUGCGCAGCCUCUCGCAGGCCCCCGCUCUCUCCCCCGCCUUUGCUGCAGCAGAGAAGGGGCGGAUCGACGCUGCUGCUGCAGCAGCAACGGCAGCAGCAGACACCAGCAGACAGCAGCGUGAGGGCAGCACUCCGCAGCAGCAAGUGGAGAUCAUUCUUUCGGGCCGGGCGACUUUGGCGCCCCUAGAAGAAAAAACAAACAAUGGGCCCCCUUACGAUGAUGCGGUGGGCCGGGCCCCCUUGCUGCAGCAGCUGCUGCGGCUGAUCGACUGCUGCUGCAUUCGUUUCAGUCAAGAGUGGGGCACUGCUGCGGCUGCUGCUGCUGCUGCUCCUGGUGCUGCUGCUGCUGCAGAGAAGCCUUUGGGGCUGCCCCCGGUGAUGGAGGCUCUUGUGCGCUGCUGCAGGGCGAGACCAGCAGCAGCAGCAGCAGCAGGAACAGCAGCAGCAGCAGCGGGAGAUAGAGAAGGAGACCGAGUGUGGGCCUUUCGGCUGUUGCUGCUGCGCGUCCUGCUGCAGCGAGCGCAGCAGCUGAAGCCACUAGCUGAGAGGGGCUUAAUUGAUUUUGUAGCGGAGACAGUUGGAGACAGUAGAAUGGCUGGAGCUAAGCGAUUGCAUUACUGGUUAAGAGACACAGCUCUGCUGCUGCUUCAGUGGCUGCAGCAGCCGGCGACCUCCGCUGUCUCCAAAGGACUUCUUGCUUCUUCUGAAGCAGACCCACAGCAGCAGCAGCAGCUGCAGCAGCAGCGGCUGCAGCCGCAAACAGCAGCAAGACUUGCUGCAUUUGCAGAGACACUUGUCCGGCUGUCUACGAGUGCAGAUGCACAUACACACAAGCUGAAUCUGAUGCUCGUUGGGGCCUUACUUGAACGGCUGCACAUGCGGCUGGAGGGAGACACUUUCUCUUCUGUUUCUGUCGUCUCAUCUGGGGGGUCUCUUGGUGGUCGUGGUGCUACUUUGCUGCAGCAGCAGCAACAGCAGCAGCAGCGGCUGCUGCAGCUGCCUCUGCUUCCCUUCUUCACCUAUGAAGGCUUACGCAGCGUAGAGGAGACAGCUCGCUUUCGUAUUGGGGGCCUCGCCCUCCUCGAGUGUCUCUGUCUCCUUGAAAGGAGACACUUCGCAGCACUGCAACUUAAAGGAGGCCCCUACACCCGCAUACUCUGCAACAAGAACUUGCUGCUAGCUGUCUCCAGGGCCCUCUUCUUUCCUGUCUCUGCGGUGGCUGUACAGUCGGCGACUGUCUGCUGCAGCCUUUUGGGUGUAUUCCCUCUUCAGCUUGCAGAGGAGGAGACAGGAGACGGUAGAGAAGGAGACAGCAGAGUGAUUGGGGCUGCUGCAUCACCUAGAGACCCUCAAACCUCCCCAGCCGGGCGCCAGCAGCAGCAGCAACAACAACAAGAGACAGCGGGACUCGCCUUUCUUAGGUCUUGCCACCGCCGCCUGCUGCAGCUGCAUGCAGCAGAAGAAGCUACAGCAACUAAAGGGAGGCCCCCAGCUAUCUGCGGCUGCGUCUCUGUGAGGCCCCCCUCACGUGCUUCUGCUGCUGCUGCUGCUGCUGCAGCUGCAGGCGCAGGCACUGCUGGAGGUGCUGCUGCAAGGGAUUCCGCAGGAGACAGCGAGGCCCGUUCCCCCCUUGGAGUAUCUUCUAAGGAGACAGUUGCUCUGGAGAAGCAAAGAAGAGACAAACAGAAGCUGCUGAUGUACUCGUUUAAUUAUGAUGAGCGCUUUGCUGCAUGUGCUGCUGCUCUAGCAAGAGGACAGCCCCUCUUCUUCUUGGGGAGUGUUGAUUCCUUGCCUCGCCGCGCCUUCUCCUGUCUCCUUUCUUCACUGCAGCAGCUGCUGGGAAGCACUGCAGCAGCAGCAGCAGCAGCUGCUGCUGCUGCUGUUGUUGCUGCUUCAGAGAGCAGCAGCAGCAGCAGCGGUAGCAGCAGCAGCAGCAGUAUCGGCAGCAGCAGCGGCGCCAAGCAGCAAAGGCGAGAGGCACGAAGAGCAGCAAACCUCCUUGCAGCAGCUAAAGCAGUUUGCUGCUGCAACGUAGCAGCAGAGACAGCAAAUGCCCCUGGCGCUGCAGUCCUUAUGGCUGCCUUCGGUGAUGAGCAAUCCCCUGUCUUAGGGGCCACUGCAGCAGCAGCAGCAGCAGCAGCAGGGACAGCAGCAGCAGCUGCGGUUGCUGCGCAUGCAAAGACAGCUGAGGAGAAGCUGCAGCAGUGGCAGGAAGAAUCUGUUGAUUUGCUGCUGCAUGCACUUGAGGGACUGUGGGGCUGUCUUCUUAGCCCCGAGGGAGACAGAGACAGCUGGAUAUUGCGGGUGUCUCUUGAGUUGCUGCUGGGGCUCUUAAAUAAGAGGGGCCCCUCUGAUACUCUGCUGGGGGCCCUCGAAGGGUUAUCUUGUCUCCUUAGGGGGCCCCCUAAAGACGGAGAGAUAAGGAGACAGUUGUUUGAUCUCUGUGUCUGUCUUCGUUCUCAGUCACUGGCAUAUGCUGAGAGCCCGACGCUGUUAUCAUUUAUGCUGGGGACGCUGGGAGGAGACUCUGCGCUGCAGAGGAGACAGCUGCUGUGGUGUAUAAGGGAAGGGGGGCUGCCGGAGGGGCCCCGAGAGCGUAUAAGCUUUUUGCUGUCUGGGGGCCUCGUUGGAGACGCAGCAGCAGCACCCCACAUGCUGCGUCUCCUUGCUGCUGCUGUAUUAUACCCUCAUCAGCCCCAGCAGCGCCCUUCAGGGACCCGUGGGAUCGGGAUCGGGAUCGGGAGCGGGAGCGGGAUUGUGGGGAUCGAAGGGCAGAACAGUAACACCCCACAAUUUGUCUCCUUCGCCUCUCUUGCUGCCUGUUUAUUUUCUGGUGGGGUCUCCUCUCGUCUCUCCAGCAGCAUAGAGGGGGCCCCUCCUUCCUGUCUCUUAGGAGAUGUUGCUGCUGCAGAGCAGCAGCAAACCAACAGGGAGUGUGGGGUGUUAAAGGGAGAGGAGACUGUCUCCUUUUCUUUGUUAUCUCUAAAAGCUGCUGAGGUGGCUUCGCUCGCAGGGAGACAGCCCUUUACUUUAGGGAGGGGGGCCCCCUACCUCGGAUCUGCUGCAUAUACUCUGAGUUUAAGCGAAGGAGACAGGGCGCCUGAAGUGUCUCCUCAACUUUAUCUAGCAGCAAUGCACGUGGGGCCCCACAUCUUGAAACAAGCGAGGGGACACAUAAGUGGCGCUGCAGCAGCUGCUGCGCUGCAACAGAGGAGCAGCAAACGGGGCAGUCGUUUGCUGCAGAGACACCUGAAUCUUUUUCCUGCCUCCGAGGAGACAGCUAUGAUGCAGAGGGGGCCCCCAGGGGGCCCCGAAGGAGACACUUUCGAAGGAGAAGGGGGCCCUGAGUUGCUGCUGCUGCUGCUUCACAAGGCUUGCCAGCUGAGCCCAACGUUCACUCAGGAGUUUCUGCUGCUGCUGCUGCAUGCACAUCAAGCCCCAGGCGACAAAGAAGGGGUCCCCCUGCUUUCUUCUGGAGCAGCAGCAGCAACAGCAGCAACAGCAGCAGCACCAGUAGACGUGCUGGGGCUGGGUGCAGCAGCAAGACAAGCUCUAGAACGAUGCGUGAGGGACCGCAGCGGAGACAGUCUCUUCCUGACCUUUUUGAUGCGGCUUACCCACGAGGCGCUGCUGCUCAGCCCCCCAGCAGCAGCAGGAGCAGGAGCAGCAGCAGCAGCAGCAGAUUGGAGCCGUAUCUCCCCAACAGAGUUGGUGGCUUGGGCUCAGGAAAAGGAGACACUCGGAGCUGCUCUGCCGCUGCUAGAAGAGUUGACGUGCAUGCAGCAGCGCGGGCUGCUGGCGGGCUUCCAGCAGCAGCAGCAGCAGCAGCAGCAACAGCAGCAGGAGCAAGCUGUGAGCAGGAAGCUGCGUCCUUAUUUUAUUUCCUUAUAUCGGGUGUACAGGGACCUCGGAGAGUUUGAAUGGCAGCGCAGCACCAUACAACUCCUCUCCCUCUGUCGCUGCGUCAGCGAAGAGACAGCAGCAAGUUUGCUGCUGCAGCAAGCAGGGGGAAGCAGCAGCAGCAAGUUGGCUAUCAUGAGGAGACGAAGCGGAGACAGCAUUAGCAGCAGCAGCAGCAGCAGCUUAAUGGGGACCCCUGAGCUGCAGAGACAGACGCAGAAGGAAGAGGAGACUGAAAAGGAGACAGACACAGAGACAGAGACAGAGUUGAAGCCCCUGCUGCGAGAGGCGGAGCUGCAGGCGCUGCAGCGGAUGAUGCAGUGGGAGCCUUUGCUGCAGUUGGGGGCCCCUUUGCUGUGCUGCGGGCCUCCAGGCAGUAACACCAGCAGCAGCAGCAGCAGCAGCAGCAGCAGGAGUGAGGGAGGAGGAGACCCGAGGGCCCCCUACCCAGUGGAGACAGCCCGCGAGGAGACACUGCUGCAGCACAGCCUGCAAGGAGACAGCGGAUGUGUUGUUCGCGCUGCUGUUGCUCUAGAGCUGCAGCAGCAACACCCAUCUGCUGCUGCUGCUGCUGCAGCUGCUUCUUUCUUAGAGAGGAUUACUCUGCUUACAAGUCCGCUUAAUGCAAAGAAAUCUGUUUUCGUUGGUGUGGGGUUGGGUGGGGUUGUUGUACAGCAGCUGCUGUCUGUGCAUGCAGCAGCACAAGGGCGACAGCUGGAGGCUUCUUUGCUGCUGCAGCAAGGGACAGCUGCUGCCUCACGUCUUGUUGCUGCUUGCUGCUGCUGCUCUUCUGCUGCUGCUUCUGCUGCGCUGCUAAGCUCUGCCAUCUCUCGUUUGUCUCUGUCUCUCUUUUUGUCUCGCUGCCUUGAGGCAGCCACCGCAGCAAAUCCAGAGCAGCAGCUGCAUGCAUUCUUGCUGCAGGAAGCAGCAGCAGCAGCAGCAGCAGCAAAAGCACCUGCUAGAGGCAGGGGGCCCCUCCUAUCCCGUUCUCUUGUAGGGGCCCCCCUAGAGACCUGUCUAGACACCUUGCUCUCAGUGACAGCCUUUGCUGCAGCACAGCAGCAGCAGCAGCAGCAGCAGCAGCAGGGGGGUGACCCUUCACUUUGCUGCAGCGCUAAGGCGUCUCCUUCAGCGGCUGUGGAGAGAGCAGAAGAGCAGCAAAAGAAAGAGGAGACACUUUGCUUUAUUUGCUGCUGCGCUGCAGCACACACGGCGCGACAACUCGCAAAACUCCCAGAAGGGCUGAGCACCGCCUCGCUGCUGUUGCAGCAGGUGCUGCAGCAACAGCAGCAGCAGCAGCAGCAAAUGCUGUCUUUAAGAGACCUCCCUCUAUUUCGCACCAUCAUUAAGCUGAAGCUUCGUGAGCUGCGUGUACACGCCGGGGGAGGCAGCAGCAACGCUACGGUGAAGGCGCAGCAGCUGCUGCGCCUUGUGCAGCAGCAACAGCAGCAACAGCAGCAGCAGCAGCAGCAGCAGCAGUACUGGCAGUCUCUUGCUUCAGGGGCUCCUGCAGCUUGUGAGGCUACCAGCGAAGAGACAGCCUGUCUCCUUUUUUGUCUCCAACUCUCUUGCCACAGUGCCUUACUCCGCGAGCUGCAGCGCAGCAUAUCCUCACCUAGCAGCAGCAGCAGCAGCAGCAGCGGGGGCCUCCUGAGAGGGGCUGAGGAGGCUCUGAGGUGUAUAGACAGCGCCUACACCCAUAUCGCCAAAGGAGACACUAGGCCUGCAAUUCAACAGCAGCUCUACGAGCCACCCUCAGCAGCAGCAGCAGCAACAGCAGCAACAGGAGCAGCAGCAGCAGCAGCAGCAGAUGGAGGAGCUGCUGCUUUCCUUAUCAGUGUGCAUAAUCGAUCAAAGUGUCUCUGGCGAUGCGCUGUCCUCGCAAAAAAAAUACUUCAGUUGCUGCAUGCAGAAGAAGAGACAGCAGCAAACACCAGAGACACAGCGCUGCCAGUAGCAGCAACAACAGCAACAGCAGCAAGAGCAACAGCAGCAGCGGCAGCAUCAGCAAGAGCAGCAAUUCCUGCAGUGGCUUGGCUGUACUGCUGCCUGGUGGCGGAGUUGGCAGCAGCAGAAGGCAGCAGCAGCAGCAGCAGCAGCAAAUACAGCAAAAGGAGCUUGGCUUUGAUUCCUGAUUUGCUGCUGCUCUGUGCUGAGGCUUCAGGCGCAUGCAAAAAGAAGCAGCGCCUUGUCUUUAGUGGGCCCGUUACUUCAACUGCAGCAGCAGCAGCAGCAGCAGCAUCAACAGCAGCAUCAGCAUCAGCAUCAGCAUCAGCAUCAGCAUCAGCAUCAGCAGCAGCAGCAUCAACAUCAGCAGCAGCAGCAUUAGAAAGUAGACUGCAGAGACUGAUUAAUAUAAUACCCUUCCCUCUACUUCGGACAGCCAUCUCCACUACCCUCAGGAAGGCCUCAGCAGGCAGCAAGGGGCUUCUGACAGCUCACGGAGAUCAGGCUGCUGCUGCUGCUGCUGCAGCAGGUGCUGCUGAUGCUGCUGCUGCUGCACGUGCUGUAGAGUUGUUUAAGUUGCUGCGUGCGCAAGCGCUGCGCUUAGCUCCCUUAGCAGCUCCGUUUGCUGCAGCGUGUCGCCUGUUGCAGCAGCCGGAGCAGCAGCUGCAGCAGUUGCUGCUGCAGCCGCUGCUUGAGCUGCUGGAGGAGACAGUAGGAGACAGCAAACUGAGAGAGGAGAGCUCGGUGCCUCUGGGACAGCUUCUGCCUCCUUUUGCUGCAGCAAAGUGGCUGUCUCUAUGGAGCGCUGCUGCUAAUGCUGCUGUUCUGCUGGGGAGAGAUGAAGUGCUAGGAGACAAAAUUAAUAUACAGCUGCGGCGAUUUGCUGCACAUAUGAAGACAUUUAUUUGCUGCAAAGUUAGGGGGUUAACUGAGGGGUCUCCUUCGCCUAGCAGCAACCUGACGAUCGCAGCAGCAGCAGAGAUGCUGCUGCUGCUACCAGUUAAGGAGGUGUUGCUGCUGUUAAGAGACAUCGCAAGGGAAGCAGCGCAGCACUCCGCAGCAGAAGCAGCAACAGCAGCAGCAGCAGCAGGAGGCUGCAGGAGACACGGAAGCCUUCGCCUGUCUGAGGUGUCUCCAUGGCUAGCAGACUAUUCGUGGCAGCCAAGUGUCUCCGUUUUGUCUCCUUAUGGAGACAGCAGCAGCAGCACCUCUCCGCUGCUGCUGCUGCCUGUCCCCUUUCAGGAGACAAACUGCAACACAGCUGCAGCAGAGACAAAACAAAUUGUCUCCUUCGCUGAACGCGGGGGACUGCGAGGCGCCUCAUCUGCUGCUGCAUCUGCUGCUAGAGGUUUGUGUCUCCGUUCGUACGGGGUGCUGUCUCUUUCUGCUGCUCAUGGUGUUAUUGAGUGGGUUGAAGGCAGCUGUCCCCUUUUAGCAGCAAGUGAACUCUACUGCAGCAAACCGCUGGGGGCCUCUGCAGCAUCUAAACGCUAUGCUGCUUUUCUUAGAGACAUGACUGCUGCUGCUGCUGCUGAUGUUGCUGCUGCUGCUUCUCGUCCUUCUGCUGCUGCAAAUCUUGCUGCUGCUGCGGAUACCGCUGCUGGUGGUGCUGCUGAAACAACACCAGCACCAGCACCAGCAGCAGUAUCAGCAGCAGCACCAGCAGCAGCACCAACAGCAGCAUCAGCAGCAGCACCAGCAGCAGCAGCAGCAGCAGCAGCAGCAGCAGCAGCAGCAACUCGGCAGGUUCAAAUAGCAGAUGUGUGGGCAAAGAUUUUUGAAUUGCCCGCUGCUGCAGUAGAAGAAGUUUUUAGGGAGUGUGUACACUUAGCGGAGACCUGCACAGACACCUCAGCAGCAGCAGCAGCAGCAACAACAACAACAGCAGCAGCAGGACGAACAGACCUUCAACCGCCCUGCAGCAGCAGCAGCAGGAACUGGUGCUGCUGCGCGUGCGGCAGCAACAAGGGAGUGCCACGGGGGCCCCCUGCUGCUCCCGCAGAUGCAUUGCUGCGGUGUCUGGCUGCUGCUGCAGCAGACAGCAGCGAGCUGAUGGAGAUGCGGAGACACUUCACCGUCUCCUUAGCAGCAAAUGCUGCUGUGGGGUAUUGCUUGGGAGUCGGGGAUCGUCACCUCAGCAACUGUCUCCUUAUUUGUCUAGACAUUGACUUUGGGUAUGCGUUCGACUUUGCGGUGUACGGACUGCCAGUGCCUGAGAUAGCCCCCUUUAGAUUAUCUCCCUGUCUCCUCCGUGUUGUGGGGCCUCCUGGGGCGCGCUGCUACUCCCUGCUGCAGUCUGCUUUCUUCAACUCCUGCAGCAGCAGCAGCAGCAGCAACAGCAGCAGCAAAGGUAGCAGCAGCAGCCGCGGCAGUGGCAGUGAGAGCGGCAGCGGCCUGGUUUCCGCAGUAGCAGCAGAUAAAACACCAGCAGCAGCACCACCAGCAGCACGAGCAGCAGCAGCAGCAGCAGCAGCACCAGCAGCAGCACCAGCAAUGCAUGCAUGGGCUGCUGGCGGUUUGGGGCUGCUUCAAUACCGCCUCGCGGAGGCGUUGGAGUGUCUGCGCUCUGAAGCAGAAUUUCUGCAUUCAGCAGUCGAGAUGUUUAUUACUACGAACCCCUCAGCUGUAUACCCCACAACUGCGAGGAGGAGAGCUGCAGCCUGGAGAGAGGGAGGCGAGGCAGCGCUGGGGAUCGUCCCUGGGAUCGUCCCUGGGAUCGUCUCCGGGAUCGCCUCCCCAGGUGUCUCCGCAACGUCGCUACAAAUCUCCCUCUUAAGUGCAGCUGCAACGGUGCCGCUAGACAGAUCUGAAGCGUCUCUGUGGGCCCCACACUCAAGAGAAGGAGGAGACAGCAGCAGCAGCAGCAGCAGCAGCAGCAGCAGCAGCAGCAGAGAGGGAGAGGCUGAGGCAGCUACGCAUCUUGCUCUAUCUACUCUCCGACGCAAACUCCAAGGGGAGCAUCCUUCUCUUAUAACUAUUGACCUAUUAAAAAUGCAUAAGGAGCCGUAUGUCUCUGCUGCUGCUGAACGCCCAGCCUCAAUUCUUCACUCCCUAGUGAUAGGCAGCAACCCACCAAGGGCCCGAUUCGCUCUGCUGCAGCAGCUGCAGCAGCAGCAGCAGCAGCAACAGCAGCAGCAGCAGCAGGGUUUGAAGGGGUGUUUAAUAAAUUGUGAAGAGCAAGCAAAGUGUCUCCUCGAAAUUGCUUCAGACCCAAAUGUGAUAGGCAGAGCCUGGGCUGGCUUCACUCCUUUUAUUUAA